AAAAACUCAAAACAAACCAAAAAGUAACCCAAAACAGCCUCUCUAUCAUCAGCCACAAGAAGAAGAAGAGGAGCAGCAGCAGACAGCCACUCAGCCAGGGCCGGGGUUCGAACGUGGGACCGCUGACACUGCCUCCGCCUCCCCUGCCACCUGCCCACCAUGGCGCUUAAAUACCUCAAAAUUUGGCUCUUCCCGCUGUCCAAGUUUUGCCGUUUGUGAUGCGUGGUGGAGGGUGGCCGCGAGCUGUGAGGGUGGCUGGUGUGAUGGUGCUGCUGUGUGUGGCCUGGCUCCAGCUCGCCCUGCCCCCCCUGCCUCAUGACCCACAAUCUGCCCUCGGAGGAGCUGCCAGAGAGACCCCCGAGGCAGACCCAGCGCUCGGCCUGCAACGGAACCCCACAGCAAAGUUUCUUCAGUCUAAAUCUGACGGGGUGAAGCUAUCAGCCGCACCAGAGCUCACGGCAGAACAGAUACGGGAGAUCAAGGAGCAGAUCCAGCGACGCAGCGGCAAUGAGACGGUGCUGAACGAGGAGCUGUUUGGGCCCGUGCAGCCAGACACCAUCGUUAUAGCCAUACAGGUACACAACCGCUUGGAGUACCUGCGUCACCUCAUCGUCUCGUUAGCCCAGGCGCGGGACAUUGACUCGGUGCUUCUGGUCUUCUCCCACGACUACUAUGACGAGGACAUCAACCAACUCAUCACCACCAUCGACUUCUGUAAGGUGAUGCAGAUUUUCUACCCACACUCGCUGCAGACUCACCCACACUCCUUCCCCGGCGAGUCUCUUGGUGACUGCCCCCGAGACACCAAGCCAGAGGAGGCUCUGCGGAUCAAGUGUGUGGGCACCCCAGACCUGUACAAGCACUACCGGGAGGCUCGCUUCACCCAGACCAAACAUCACUGGUGGUGGAAGGCCAACAAGAUCUUUGAUGAUGUGUGGGUGCUCAAGAACCACACAGGCCUGGUGCUGUUUCUGGAGGAGGACCACUAUGUCGCCGAGGACUUCCUGCACAUGCUGAGGCUCCUGAAUGCUGCAGUGCCCCGGGCCUGCGCCAAGUGUUCCCUCAUCACCCUCGGGAACUACUUGAAGACCUACAACUUUCACACGGAUGCGAGGAAGGUUGAGGUGACGCAGUGGGUUUCGUCCAAGCACAACAUGGGGUUCGCCUUCAACCACAGCGUCUGGCAGCAGAUCAAGGCGUGCAACGACAAGUUCUGCGACCACGAUGACUACAACUGGGACUGGUCGCUACUGCACGUCAGCAACACCUGCCUCUCCCAGAAGCUGCACACGCUGGUCCUCCGCGCCCCAAGAGUCUUCCACAUCGGAGAAUGUGGUGUCCAUCACAAGAAGAAGGACUGCAGCUCACGCACUGUGCUCAACAAGGUGCACAGGACUCUCCAGGCCGGCCAGCGCACCCUCUACCCGCGGCAACUCAUCGUGGUCCACACCCCCGCAAAGAAGGUCAAGAAGCACAAGGGCAACGGAGGCUGGGGGGACAAGAGGGACCAUGCUCUCUGCCGCUCCUUCUCGGUCUCCACGGGGCUGGACCACUCCGGGCUGCUCGACUCGCUCUCCAACCUCCUCCUUGCCCAGAACAACCAAAACAACGUUCUCAAGUUUUUGAUAACUACCACAACUACCACCACCACUACUGUCUACCAUCACUAUUACCACCACCAUCAUUACCACCAUCACCGUCACCACCACAACCACCACCACCUCCUGCCUACCACGUUGAGAUUGCUCCAUACAGUUUUGCAGCUCACAUCAACGGUGUAUCAUAACAAGGCCAGUAUGAUUUUCCACUAGUCCAAGUUUUAGUCAUAUAUUGCUUAUCGUGUUAAUGCAGGUGUUUAUAAUUCUGCGUGUUUGUAUAUAUUUUUUUGUGCUGUGUGUUGUGUGCUUUGGUUUUUAUCUGUUUUGGGGGAGUGAAUAAGUGUAAGAAUGAGUUGAUAGUUGUUUUGCAGAGUCCGUAUUUCAAUCCAUAUUUUAUCUGCAAGAGUAAUUACAUAUUUUUUGCUGCGUGUUGUGUGUUUGGGUUUCUAUCUGUUUGGGGGGGGUGGACUAAGUAAGUGUAAGAAUGAGUUAAUAGUUUUUCUGCAGAGUCCAUAUUUCAAUCCAUAUUUUAUCUGCAAGAGUAACUACGUGUAUUUUGCUGUGUGUUGUGUUUCUGGUAGCUUUGUUUUUUAUUUUUCUUUCUUUCUGGGGAACUAAAUUAAUGCAAGAAUGGUUUGAUAGCCUUUUGCAGAGUCUGUAUUUCAAUCCAUAUUUUGUCUGCAAGAGUAACUACAUAUUUUUUGCUGUGUGUUGUGUUCUGUGUGGUUUUGUUUUUUGAUUUUCUUUCUUUCUGGGGAACUAAAUUAAUGCAAGAAUGGUUUGAUAGCCUUUUGUAGAGUAUAUAUUUUGAUCUAUAAUUCAUCUCUGCCAAAUUAACUACAUAUAUUUUGCUGUGUUUUAUGGUCUGUGUGGUUUUGUUUUUUUAUUUUAUUUCUUUAAGAGGAACUAAAUUAAUGCAAGAAUGAUUUACUAGCCUUUUGUAGAGUAUAUAUUUUGAUCUAUAAUUCAUCUCUGCCAAAUUAACUACAUAUUUUUUGCUGUGUUUUGUGGUCUGUGUGUGUGUUUUUUUUUUUUUUUUUCUGUCAGGGGAACUAAAUUAAUGCAAGAAUGGUUUGAUAGCCUUCUGCAGAGUAUAU